AAUAUUUAAAAACGGAGGGAAUAGAUUAGAAGGAUAAGGGAUCAUUAUUCAAUGUGAAUCGAGUAUUGGGGAUUGAACCCUUAGACCCCUAGAGUAAGUAUUCCGUUUUCCGGCUUAAAAAAAAAAAAAAAGUAUUCCGUUUUCCGUAUACAAGAUGCCAAAAACGGAUUAAGAAAAAUUCAAAACAUUGGCCGUGCAAGAAAUCCAGAAAAAAUUGACAAAGUAUCAACGAAAUUAACCAUCUUAAUUAAGUUUGCUGGGAAGAAUAGUACGUAGUUUAAGCAUUACCCCCAAAUAUCUUCUCCUCUGUCUUCCCUCUAUAUCCUCUAUUUUGAACUUCGAGGAUUCAUCUUACGAUUCUCUUCAACAACUCAAAAUUAAAGCGAGGCUUUUGUAUUUAGCCUAAAUGAACUCUGAGAAUGAAGAGAUUGGUGAUAGUGAAGAGCCUAUGCCUCUUCCAAAUUGGAGAAGCAACCUACAUAAGAAAUUUCAGCUUUACUUGGAUAGAUCGGUGCCUCAUCUGUUGCGGAGAUGGCUUGUAACGAUUGGGGUGGCAAUGAUCUAUAUUUUGAGGGUUUAUUGGUUCAGGGGAUUCCAUGUUAUAUCCUAUGGUUUGGCCACUUAUGUGUUGAAUUUGUUGAUUGGAUUUUUUUCUCCACAUGUUGAUCCCGGGCUUGAAGGACUAGAUGGAGCUCCUCCCUCUCCGGCCUCUCCGGGCAGAGAUAGUGAUGAAUAUAAGCCAUUUGAGAGACGCGUGCCUGAGUUUCGGUUUUGGUAUGCCAUCACCAAGGCUUUUAUCGUUGCAUUUAUGUUGACCUUCAUAUCCGUGUUGGAUGUACCGGUUUUCUGGCCAAUAUUGUCAAGUUACUGGGCCUUUCUCUUUGUGCUGACAAUGAUACGUCAAAUUGUACAUAUGAUCAAAUACAAGUAUAAUCCAUUCAGCACUGCAAAACCGAAGCACAAUGUGAAGAAGGAAUCAACUAGCAGCAGUGGCAUACUUAGAGAUGAAUGACCAAAAAUUGAAGAAAGCAUAACACAUGUAUACUCAUGGUGUCUAAAAGAAUAAAUGUAGUCACAAAUUUGCAGUAGAAAGUGGUGUUACUAAUUGUUAAGACGAGCUUGUACAUAAUCAGUACAUUGCCUUUUAUAGUCUAUAUAUGAUUCUUUUUUUUUUU